UAUAUAUACUCAAGCAACCUGUUUACAAUGGAAAACCUAAGAAACUAUUUGGCACUGUUGUCUCUGCUUUACAAAUAUCAUCAUCAUCUUCAUCAAUUAAGACAAACAUAAAAGCAUCAACAAUAACAUGCCUAGGGGUCGACCACUUUCGUUGCAGACGGUUGAACUCAAAGUAAGGAUGUGUUGCCCUGGUUGCGAGAGAGUUGUCAAAGACGCUAUCCUCAAGCUUAGAGGAGUCGACUCGAUAGAGAUCGAUGUAGAGAUGGAAAAGGUGACAGUAAUGGGAUACGUCGAUAGAAAAAAGGUGCUAAAGGCAGUGAGAAGGGCAGGAAAGAGGGCAGAAUUCUGGCCAUAUCCAUAUCCUCCUUUAUAUUUUACAACAUCAAAUAAUUACUUCAAAGAUACAACAACAGAGUACAAAGAGAGCUACAAUUACUGGAGGCAUGGCUACAAUGACGCUGACAAGCAUGGUACUCUGCCCAUAAGUCAAAGAGGAGAUGACAAAGUUAGCAAUUUGUUUAAUGAUGAUAACGUCUAUUCUUGUUCUCUCAUGUGAUGUAUAAAACAUGUAUUUUAAUUGAGAAAAAACAUCUUUUCCGUCUGAA